UCCUUGUGUUGGUAUUUUGUAUUUUGGCUUCGAAUCUGAGAAAACCCGAAUCCAAACCCCAAUACAAACCCCCAGCACAAGAACAGUAUGGGCGUUUCUCGCAUGAGAGCGGCGGCCACCCGGGGCCUGGCGCUGGAGCACCACGUUGCACGACGAACGCUGCACACGCUGCUGGCGGCCGCGCUGCUUCUGCUUGUGAUGCUUGGCGGCAGCAGCAGCGGCAGCAACAGACUGCUCAAUCCGCUGGGAGCAGCGCGCACUGAUCCUGCGUCCCGGCCAUCCUGCGCUGCUCCUUCAACGCCAGUGGCACGCUCAAUGCUGCUGCGUCCAUCGUCCACUCUGCUGCCGACGGGCGGUGUUGGCGGCGUCUUGUUCGCUGAAGCCGCUAGCUCCUCCUCUCCCAGCGAACAAGACCAACCGGACGGGCUGCAGGCCGCAGCAGGCAAUCCGCCGCCGUGCCAGUACGACUCGUGUGACGACCAGCGAAAGUGCUCGCAGGACUGGUGCGACGCGGUGCUCGGGUGUGUGCACGAUCACGCCGAUUGCGCCUACGAGAGCUUCAUGACGAGCCCGUCCGCUCGCAUCCCGCAGGACAUUGUACUGGCGUUCGAGCUGCUCGACAGGCCUCAUCUGAGUGUGAAUUGCUCCAACUUUCGCGCAGAGAGCCGCGGCAUCAUGGAUAUUGUUCGUCGCUGGCUCGCGCCGCCAAACAGCCCCGCCUCCACUGCGGACGAGCAAGGGCGAAUUCGCUUUGAUGCCGAGGACGUGAUUGCUCUUGGAGGCACGCCUGGCUAUGCUACAGCGAACGCGCGCUUUGCCGUGCUCGGGUACGGCCAUCACGACGGGCCCGUUCUUCUCCAGGACUUUACCUCCGAUCCCAACACGCUCCGCAUCGUGAUUGCACGCCACUUUUAUCAGCCAGCGCUGGUCGCAUGCUUUGGCUCCAAUCUCGGAAUGGACAACUCGGACGAAGACACGGAUGCCCUCGAUCACGAAGAGUCUUUGGGUCGCGACCGAAACGCGCAAAACUACCGCGACCAAGCGCACACGGAGGACGAGGCUGACGCGUACUUUGACUCGCCGGCCGCUGCACUGCUCGACACUAUCGUGCACGUGGUGGACGGCUCCGAGCUGACCCGCUUCGACCAAGCGCAGCAGCAGACCACUCGCUUGGGCUUCCGCACCAACGCCGAGCCGCAUUUGCUGAUUGUCUCGGGUAUCCUGCGGUACAACGCUGGUCUGCAGUCGCACGACGAGGCGAGCGUCGAUCGGUUCUUUAUGCAAGCCAUCGAGUUGCUUGCGGCCAUCCCGCGAUUCGUGCCCCGAGAAAUCAUUCCCUUCCCUCCCACCAAACCGCUCGCAGCGCCUACCAUCAACAUUGUGCUCUCAUCCACCGACAAGAGCAUGGUUUCGACCUUUGGCAACCCCGCCCUCGUCAAUGCCUACACGGACUUGUCGCACUUCAACCCAGCCGUCACGCUCAAGGCGCUGCUUGCAGCAGGCGCCUCUCAAGGAUCGUCCUUCCUGGCCUAUGCCAUCUCGAAGGGCCGAUUCUGUCGCACGUGGGACAUUGAGCAGCUUGGGUUGAGUGCUGCUCAGAUUGCCAUCAUUCCCAGCUCGCUGCACCCAAUGUUCCCGUCCAACCAGCUGUUUGACCGAUGCCUUUCGGGCGGCUGUCUUGCGUCGCCGCUUGAUUCCACGUGCGACCUGAUUCCAGUCACUUGCUCGGACGACCAGUUCUGCUCGCCUCUGCACGGGUGUGUGCCGUUGAGCGCCGCUCGCGUAGACUCUGAGACUGCCCCAGCUGCAGCGCCGUUCAGCGUCGCCGAGGAAUACGAGGACGUCGAGGUCGAGGUGGAGACUGUUGAAAAGCGCAUUGAACAUGGCAAAGAGGUUGAAGAGAUCAAAAAGACCAUCGAGGUGCGCCGUGUCCUCGUCAGCGCCGUCAACAAGGCGGAGGACAAGCCGCAUUACUCUGUCAAGAAGCAGGCCAAGUUCGAUACGAGUCCAGAGUCGGUCAACGCGUUUGUGCCGGUUGCCCCGUACGAACCCGGACGCCAGUGGACGGUUGAUCACAUUACGUACCGGAAUGUUCGGGUUGUGAACUGGACUCCCGACAAAUCCUUCAUCAAAAAGUUCAAGCGCUUGAAGGAACCGGUCAUCCUCCGAGGCACGGUGGUAAAUCAGUGGCCUGCCAGGACCAAGUGGACGCUCCAGUACUUGUCUGCUCAGCUCGGCUUGGACGUUCUGCCGGCGGUCAAGCGCAGCCCAAUCAAGAGGUUUUUCGACCCCGACACCCGCGCGCCACUCGCCAAAUUCAUGAACAUUACGAGCACAUACGAAGUCGUCGAUCUCCCGCGAUCCGAGUUUUUCGAUCAGUUGAUUGCAUCCACCCCUUCGCUUCGUCACAGCACUUUGCCGUCUGAGGCCGACCUCAACCGAAUUCGCGCAUUUGCCACGCAGCAAGCGAACGGCGAGAUUGGACCCCCGCCCACGGACGGCUCCCGCGACCCACAUGCCGGCCUUCGCCUCGCCCAUGGCUUUUUCACCCGCAUCACGCCGAGUCUGCUGCCCGACAUCCAGUCGAGCGAGCCCAUGUUCUACUCGGAGGAGGACAUUGAGCUUGGAAAUCAGUUCUUGUGGAUUUCGUCCGCAGGCGUCAAAACACACACGCACUUUGAUCAGGACAUGAACGCCUACGCCCAGAUUACGGGUCGAAAGCGAUUCACGUUCUUCCCGCCUUCGGAGCACGAGCUCAUGUACAUGUUCCCGCGCAUCCAUCCCAUGUGGCACAAGUCGCGAGUGGACUUUGACCAGCCCGACUUGGAGCGCUUCCCGCUUUACCGCAAUGCGCACGCGUUGCGCGCAGAUCUCGAGCCAGGCGACCUCAUUCUCAUCCCACCUUACACUUGGCAUCAUGUGGAGUCGUUGAGCGCGUCCGUGUCUCUCUCCACCUGGUCGCACGACUUUGCCGUGUACGACAACAUGCACGCAGUCUACCGUCACGAUCACAUGUUUGACCUGCUGAAAAACCCUCGCGGCAAGAUUUACGCCCUCCGACUGUACAUUGAGCUUUUGGUGGAUGAAGUGUAUGGUGCGAAUUCGUUGAACGAUGUCAUUGCCAAUCUGCUGAGAACGCGCUACUAUGGUCUCGAGCAGCUCUUCCCGGCUCAUCCCGACGAUCCGUUCAUGUGCUACGGUGACAACCACGACGACCAUGUCAUCCCGUCCGCCAAGCACAUUUUGGGCUACGCCAACUUUGACGUCCGCAUCAUGGCGCCCCAUUUCCGUCACUUUUCCGCCGAAACGCGCGACAUUCUCUUCCGCAACUACCUCGAGGAGCUUGCUGCAGGCGUCACCGGACCACAGCGCGUUUAUGCCUUCUUCCGCUACUGCUUCAACGGCGAGACGUUCUAUUUCACCACUCCGCAGGAUGCUGAGCAUUCGCUGUGGGAUUGAAAACGAAAAAAAGAAAAAACAAACAAAAACAAAAGGUUGUGUUGGUGUGGUAGUUUGGUUAUUUGUAUUCAAAAUUAAUGGUUUACUGACAA